AUGUUAUAUUACAUUUUCUUUCAUUUUGUCUUAGGUGUGCUCAGCCUGCCGGAGGGUCUGAUUCUGCACAUGGACCAGCAGCAGCUGCGAGCGGGGAAGAGUGGAGAGGCAAACGCUUACAGUCAGUCCGAGCUGCGUUCCAUCGAGCAAUGCUUACUGGCCACGAGGGUGGGGAGCAUCUCUGAACUCAGCGACCUAGUGUCCCGAGCCAUGCACCAUCUUCAGCCACUGUAUGUGAAGAAUCACAGCAAUGGGACACCCAUUCACCAAAAGAGCAAUGUGAUUCACUGGUCACCUGAGGCGAUCUACACACUGUGUUACUUCAUGCACUGCCCGCAUAUGGAGUGGGAGAACCCCAAUGUUGAGCCGUCAAAGGUUACCUUACAAACAGAGAGGCCUUUUAUGGUGCUGCCCCCUUUGAUGGAGUGGGUGCGUGUGGCCGUGGUCCACACGGAACACAGGCGCAGCUUCUCUGUGGACAGCGAUGACGUUCGGCAGACGGCCAGGCUCCUGCUCCCCGGAGUGGACUGUGAGCCUCGCCAGCUCCGAACGGAUGACUGCUUCUGUGCCUCGAGGAAACUGGACGCUGCCUCCACUGAGGCCAAAUUCCUGCAGGACUUGGGCUUCCGUAUGCUCAGCUGUGGACGAACGGACCUGGUAAAGCAGGCCGUCAACCUGCUCGGGCCAGAUGGAAUCAACAGCAUGAGUGAGCAGGGGAUGACCCCGCUGAUGUAUGCCUGCGUCCGUGGAGACGAGGCCAUGGUACAGAUGCUGCUGGAUGCAGGAGCAGAAAUAAACAGCGAGGUGCCAAACACAGUACACAGGCACCCCUCAGUCUUUCCCGAAACGCGGCAGGCGACGCCCCUCACUUUCGCUGUGUUACACGGACAUGUGCCUGUGGUGCAGCUGCUGCUGGAUGCCAAAGCCAACGUGGAGGGUUCCCUGCAGGAUGGAAUGGAGAACUACACAGAGACCCCGCUGCAGCUGGCUGCCGCUGCAGGUAACUUUGAGCUGGUGUGUUUGCUGCUGGAGCGGGGGGCUGAUCCCAUGGUGGGAACCAUGUACCGGAACGGCAUUUCUACAGCACCGCAGGGAGACAUGAACUCCUACAGCCUGGCAGCAGCUCACGGACACAGAAAUGUGUUUCGGAAGCUGUUGUCCCAUUCGGAGAAAGGCAAGACGGAUGUGUUGUCCUUGGAGGAAAUUCUGGCAGAGGGAUCAGAACUGGAAGGUAGAAGUCCAUCUCAGAUGGACCUGAUCCGAAGCGGAAAGGCCAAACUCAAAGCUCUUAAAGAAGCCAUGUACCACAGUGCGGAGCAUGGACACGUAGACAUCACCAUAGACAUACGCAGCCUUGGCGUCCCGUGGACUUUGCACACUUGGCUGGAGUCUCUGCGUACAUGCUUCCAUCAGCACCGUCGACCUCUGAUCCAGGGUUUGCUGAAAGAGUUCAGCUGCAUCGAGGAGGAGGAGUACACAGAGGAGCUCAUCACACACGGCUUACCUCUCAUGUUCCAGAUUCUCAGAGUCAGCAAGAAUGAAGUGAUCAGCCAGCAGCUGUCUGCAAUCUUCACCCAGUGUUAUGGCCCUUACCCCAUUCCCAAACUGGUUGAGAUGAAGAGGAAGCAGUCAUCACGGUUGGAUCCUCAUUUCCUAAACAAUAAGGAGAUGUCUGAUGUGACAUUUCUGGUGGAGGGAAAACCAUUUUAUGCACAUAAAGUCCUGCUCUUCACAGCAUCCAACAGGUUCAAAUCUCUUCUAGCAAACAGACCUUGUGGUGAGAACACAUGCAUCGAAAUCAGCAAUGUAAAAUAUCACAUCUUUCAGAUGGUGAUGCAGUAUCUGUACUGUGGAGGAACGGAAGCUCUGCACCUCAGGAACACUGAUGUCAUGGAGCUCUUGUCAGCUGCCAAAUUCUUUCAGCUGGAAGCUUUGCAGAGACACUGUGAGAUUAUCUGCACUAAGAACAUCAACACAGAAACCUGUGUGGAGAUCUACAACCACACCAAGUUCCUUGAUGCCCCGGACCUUGCAUCUUAUAUUGAAGGCUACUUCCUGAAGAACAUGGUAAUCCUGAUUGAGCUGGAGCCCUUCAAGCAGCUCUUGUACGAUGCCCCUCCUGAGAGCCCUGGUGCUGAUGUCCUGCAGGCCCUGGAGAAAACCCUGGCCACUCGCAUUCAGUCCAUCCACUUGUCUUCUUCUAAGGGAUCCAUUGUGUGA